AUGUCGCUGACAACUCUGCCCGUUGAACUCUGGCAAAACAUCGCGCUUCAAGUUGUAGCAGAUGUCAUCUCGGCUCGCGACGUCCGUUUCGAUUCCUUAGCCUUACCUGAUAGUCUAUGCGAGCCGCUCGCGCCUACUUCAUUUCGCUAUCCUGGAGAGUUUGAGGACUCCGCUCAGCUAAGGAUGAAACGACCCUACGGAUCCCACAUCGAAGCUUGUGCCUCAGAGAUAUCUUCCGGUCCUGUUGCGGGCCAGGCUCUAUGGUACAGCAGCAGCGACGAUCCCUCACCGACUUCUACAGUCGCUUGCUUGCUAGCCAUCGAUCGCCUCCGGAGGCAUGCAUUGUACGAUCUACCGGAAUUCUGGGAGGGCGUCGCGCUGUUGAUUCCGGCUGCAACGUCUCAUGCGCUGAAAUGCACAGACCGGCGACCGGCCAUUCCCUUGGACUUUACAUCCCACCUCCUCCUACGCCCUUGCAUAUUGGGGAUGUUGAAGUCGCAACUCUCCAAGGUGACUCGCAUCGAUGUCGCCAUUUCCGUCGAAUGCUCGGGCAUUUCCAACACGCCUCGACUCCUUGGACAAUGGCUGGGUGAUCUCCCCGAUAGCGAGCUGCAACAUCUUGCGCACCGUUAUGCUCUCGGCGACCGGCUGAACCGGUCUCGCAUACACCAUUACAAGCACCACAAGGUUCAGGUUCAGGUCGCGCUGAACCCUCCCUUCGCCUUGUAUGGUGUCGCGCUUCGCAGGUUGAAUCUCGCUGCAGAUAGAUGGGAUCAUGCUAUACCAGGCCACGAACUGGUCCUCCUUCUCAGCCACUGCCCAUCGCUAGAGGAGCUCGCGUUGCAGAUGGUAUUGGCUUCCUCAAACGAGACGGCCGCCGUGGCAUUACCAGUAUCUCUGCCCCAUCUUCGUUAUUUUCUUCUCUGCGGGCAACUUGAGGAAUGGCAGUACCUGUGGCCAAAGCUCACCAUCCCAGAGACGGCUUCUGUUCACGCCGACCUCAUACUCCCACGACUGGACAUAUUCUUCCAUUCUAUCGAUCGCUUCAUUGCAGAGGCAACGGUGGAUUGCCUGAGUGGGCCAGGAUUUCCAUCAUGCCGGGUCGUGAUUCUGCAUUACCAAACAAAAGCGCCUACCGACCAGCCUCCCGACGACGAGUCCCCAGAGCUGGUGACUUUCACAUUCGCCGCUAGUGAAGAAGAGGCUUGGGCGGAGAAGAAUCCGGUGCACCUGUCUCGUCAAUGGACAUUCACCGCCCGGUUGCCUGGGAGUGUUCUCGAAACGCGUUACCCGCCGGGCCCGGCGGAGGACGUGAACGUUGGACAGAUUGCAAGCCAUGAGCGUCUAGUAAGCGUGAUAUGCGGGGGCAUUGCAAAGUCAUCUCCUCAAGUCCCGUCCGUGGAUCUGGAGACUACCGAGGUCUUAAUCAUAAAGGCCGGCGGAAGGCUGCGCCCAAUGGUCGAUAUCUACCACCUCGCGCCCUAUUUCCCCAACUUGAAGACCCUUGUCCUGUACGGAGUCAUUGACGACGACAGCUACGCUCUGAAGAACACCGUACGCGAGCUGAGAGCUUGUAUGUGGAAAAACAUGGAGCAUGUACGUCUGCCAGACUUCGAGGGGUCGGGGUGGUAUAUGGGAGGGUUUGAGGGACGGGAGGGAUGGGAAGUGCGAUUUUCCACUUCUUGGUCAGACGAUGACAGUACGUAUAGCGUCAAUUCUCAGGUUGCCUUGGAUGAGAUACAUGAUUGA